AUGGAGAGGUUGUGUGUUCAAAAGGGUGACGACUACGCCUGCUUAGAGUAUCUGUGGCUUAGCAGCGGCAAGGUUGAAGAGAUGAGUUUGGUGAUCCCAAGCCAUGGCUUCCAAGUGAACCUCAGUAUUCAUUUGAACGGGCGCAAAAUAUCGGGCACAUGUUACAAUUCGUUGCUAGAGAAGGUAGGCUAUUGCUUUGCUAGAUCACCAGUGUGGACUUCCAUGGGCUAUGAGCUGUCCUUAUCCGUCGAUAAUUGCAUUUGUUUGAACUUAGGCUGCCGGAUAUUCACGCCACUACUCGAUGAGUUGAUUCCAGCCACAAAUGAUCCCGGAACCGCACAAGUCAGAACCUUACAACGGUUCUCGAUCAGCCUCCAUUACUAUACGGACUCCCAAGAGUUACACUUGGACGGGUUGUUGCAAGCUUUUGAAUAUUUGCUCCGUUCUUGGGCUGUGAAUAUGGAGUACAAGUUCCCGUUGAUAUUUUCCUACUACGGAAGACAGUUUUUCAGGCUCAACUACAACUGCAUCUGCAAGACCAUUGACGAAUUAUUCGACCCUCAAGUUGACACCAAAAACCCGAAGGCGAACGCUGACAAAUACACCACUCUCAUCCACUGCCUAUUGAAAUUGCAGCGAAACGUCAUGACCGAAUUCAACAUACUAAACGUCUUGAAAGAGCUCGAUCAGUCAAGUUCUAGGCGAUGCGCAGUUAAGAAUGCAGUUGAUUACUCAUCAGUCAUUAGCAUUAAAACAUUCGUUUACCAGUUGACGUUUUUGAAGCAAGUCGACUCGACCUUCUGCGAUCAGGGUCUUUAG